UUUGGUAGUUUAGAGGGUGUUAAACGUGUAAUUUACAAAAUGGCAAAAGAAAGGAUUCAUAUUAACUUGGUCAUCAUCGGCCACGUAGAUGGUGGCAAAUCUACAACCACUGGUCAUUUGGUUUAUAAAUGUGGAGGAAUUGACCAUCGGACAAUUGAGAAAUAUGAGAAAGCUGCAACUCAAAUUGGAAAGAGUUCUUUCAAGUAUGCCUGGGUUCUGGACAAACUGAAAGCGGAGAGGGAACGUGGGAUCACGAUUGACAUUUCCCUGCUGAAAUUCAAUACUCAGAAGUAUACCUUUACCAUAAUUGAUGCACCUGGCCAUCGUGACUUCAUUAAAAACAUGAUUACUGGAACCUCACAGGCUGAUGCUGCUCUGCUGAUUGUCUCUGCAGCAAAGGGUGAAUUUGAGGCUGGAAUUUCUCGGAAUGGUCAGACAAGAGAGCAUGCUCUACUGGCUUACACUCUUGGAGUCAAACAGCUUGUAGUUUGUGUGAACAAAAUGGACCUGACAGAGCCACCAUUCAGCCAGAAGCGUUAUGAUGAAGUGGUUAAGAAUGUUUCUGUGUUCGUCAAGAAGAUCGGCUUUGAGAUUGGUGCUGUACCUUUCAUUCCCAUUUCUGGUUGGAGUGGCGAGAACAUGAUUGUCCCAUCCCAAAAGAUGCAAUGGUUCAAAGGUUGGAAGCUCAAGAGGAAAGAAGGCCACUUUCAUGGCAGAACCUUGUUGGAAGUGCUUGAUUCCCUACAUCCUCCAGUGCGCAAUGCAAGCAAGCCCCUGCGCCUUCCACUACAAGAUGUCUAUAAGAUUGGUGGUGUUGGAACGGUCCCAGUGGGUAAGAUUGAAACUGGGGUCUUAAAACCUGGAAUGGUUCUCACCUUCUCACCAGCAAAACUUACUGCUGAGGUAAAGUCCAUCGAGAUGCAUCACCAGGGUCUUCAGACCGCUCUUCCUGGCCAUAAUGUGGGCUUCAACAUUAAAAAUGUGUCCGUGAAGAACCUUCGGAGAGGUGAUGUAGCAGGGAAUGCACAGCAGGACCCACCAUCAGAUGUCAGCAGUUUUAUUGCUCAGAUUAUAAUGCUGAACCACCCAGGCAAAAUAAAGGUUGGUUACUCUCCUGUACUAGACUGCCACACAACCCAUGUUUCCUGUCGUUUUGCUGAGCUAAGGGAGAAGCUAGAUCGUCGUUCUGGUAGGAAACUGGAAAGUUGGCCCCAGUACCUGAGGUCAGGAGAUGGUGCUACAGUCAAACUGGUCCCAAAUAAACCCUUGUGUGUGGAGAGCUUCUUUCAUUAUCCUCCACUGGGUCGCUUUGCUGUACGGGAUUUAAAACAGACUGUGGCUGUUGGGGUCAUCAAGUCGGUGGAGAAGGUAGACCAAGCCAAAAAAACCUCACUGAAAGCUCCGGUAUCAAAAUGAGCUCAUUUUGUCCCUUUUUAUAACUUUUUAUUUACCAGCAGUCUGGUAUGUGAACUAAAAGUUCCCUUUAAGUUGACUUGUGUAGUUUUAUGCAACUGCAUUUUUUGUUUCUUUAAAGCCACUUUUUAAAUGCGUUGCUGGUGUAUUGGGUUUUCUAAAGUAACAGUGUAGCCCAAAAUGAGGUUUGAAUGAAGCGUUGAAAGCUGUAUCUUG